CAUAAAUGCUCGACCAGCUACUAUUUGAUCAGCCUACCUGAACACCUCUUUUCCCCCAGCCAUCCGUGAUCCCUUCGCCAUUCCCAGUCUUACUCACGCACUCCAAAGUGAUAAUUCAGGCUGUUAAGAUCCGACUCUCACCAGUUUCAAUGGCUGUCCUUCGUGUCUUUGUCGUCCAGCUCGCUGCUGUUGCAAGCCUCCUGCUCGGUACUGCAGAGGCUGCGCAUGUGCACACCGUCGCCUUUAAGGCGUCCCCCCUAGAUGGCUCUUGGAGAAUGGUUAACGUCACCACUGAUGGCGCUUGUGUCAACCUCGGAAAUUGCAAACGAGCACAGGUUGGCAAGCAUUUUACCAACGACCAGUGCCGCUAUUACGCCGACGAAAAAUGCAGAGUCCUGGUGAAAAAGGGCGGUCAGAAUGAUUUCAAGUGGGAUGAAGGCUUUGCUCUCCUCACCAGCCAACGCUGGCUCUCGGUUCAGAGCGUCCAGUGCGAUUAGUUAGGCAGCACACACUGCAUGUCUCCGCACAUCUGCCGCCCCGUCGUCGGCCUGGCACGGGAAAAGACCUCAGUGAGCUAGAGGCAGCACGGUAGAAAGAAGGGCUAAUUUCGGAGCGGAGUCAGAGCUGCUGUCAACUGCCCAAUGUGGUGUCAGGGAAAUGGCGAGAAGAUGGGUGGAAACUUGGUAUACACAAAGAACAAAUUUGAUCACAACCAGGGGAGAAUUAGGUCACGGCAGAGACGAAGCAGUUGGGUCGACAAUCAAGCCAUUGUAUUAAAAUUUCCUUCCGAGCCGUUCACCAAAAAAACUUAAAAGAAUCGACCGAAGCUCGUCAUCCGCUCUUCGAUGGCGAGAGAGGCAAGCAAGUGCGUGGGGGGCACACACAAGCUUAGUUGA